UGGAAAGUAAAUAAACUCAUUACCCAAACUGAUUGUUUGAGUGUGAAAAAUUAAGACAAAGAGGAAUUUCUUUGCCGCAUUGAAGCUCCCAGUGAUUCUCUCAGCAGUUCCUGCAGUGUGGACUCUUCCUUGCCAUGGGAACGGAUAGCUAUUUGCUUUGAUUUGCAACAGAAAAGCUUUUGACUGUCAGGAGAAUGUUCUGUUUGGUCUUCUCCUGGCCAGUUUAAGUGUUAAAAGUGUCAUUAUUUAGCAGCCGAGGCCCAGAGAAGAGCGCAAACAAGAGUCUGUGACCUUCUGUCAAGAGCCUCCGUUCUUCAGAUGCUCAUUUAGGGCCUCUGGGGUGGGGAGGACAACGCAUCAAUUGGCGGAACCCUCCAGCUUUCCUCUAAAAGGCCUUACUAAGAGGGGAAAUUCAGUCGAUUUAAAAGCAGAGGUGGCAUGAAAGAUGUGGCGCUGUGAAGAGGUGUGGGUGACUUAUUAAAACCGCAGGAAAAAGGUCCUUGGACUUCAGCCAAAGAGGAUCUAACCCCGUGGAGAGCUGACAGGAUAUAUAGAAACUUGGAUGCACUUGUCGUGGUUUGGUGAUUGCUUGGAGUCUGAUUUUUUUUCCCUGCAUGCAGACUUGAUCAUGGACAUUCACGACUCCGUGUUAAUAAACUUUGUCAGUGACAUCAACCUGAUCGGGUUCACCCAGAAGUGCGCUUUAGGAUCAGAGGAGGUGGACAUUUCGCCCUACUGCCCGAACAACCAGACGCGGCUGAGCGACUCUUCUUGCAGCACAUCUCCGCCUGGCGAAGGGCGCACGGAGCAUCCGGCGAGCUUUUCACCGAGGUGCUGCAGCCGUGGGCACAGCAGGUCCAAACGGAGGAGGAUCAUCACCGGCGUCCAGCGGCAGGCGGCCAACGUGCGGGAGAGAAAGCGGAUGUUCAGCCUGAACGAGGCGUUUGAUGAGCUGAGGAGAAAAGUUCCCACCUUUGCGUACGAGAAGAGGCUGUCUCGGAUCGAGACGCUGCGUCUGGCCAUCGUCUACAUCUCCUUCAUGAUGGACCUGCUGGAGAACACCUGAGACAGAGUUAUGUUUUUUUUUCCCCCCUCCGUAUAGACUAAAAAUAAGUUACUGCAAAAAAGGAAUAAACAGUUGCACAGUUAAGUAGCAGGAAACGUAUGUGUUUUUAUUUUUGCCAUAGGCGCUUUAUUAUUAUUAUUAUUAUUAUUGUUAUUAUUAUUAGAUGACAAUAAUUGGAGUUGGGGUUGUUCCUUUUCUACACCAUCACCAUCCACAGCACUCAAUGUGUGAGUGUUGUAUCAGGCCUGAAAGGGGAAUGGAUUUAGUCACUCGUGUUUUACUUGACCGUUCAAUUAUUCGCUUGAUGAAUCGAACAAUUGAAAGGAAAUAACACAGAAGCAAUGAAAAAUUCGGCUUUAUUUGCUAUCUUUCAAUAUAACCUGGAAGGAAUGGUUGAUUUAAUUGGUUGUACUCUUUAUUGAUAGUUAUAAAUGAAGGCAAAUGGAUUUAUAACUCGCAAGAUUACCACGGACGUCCAAGA